AUGGUUAAGAAUUGUGGGAGAGAAGGCGAAGAAGUUAGAUUCACAGAAAAAAAAAGUAUUACUGUAGCCCAGUUUUUCGGUGAACAGGGAACUAAGGUGGCCGGAGAGGUAGGGGAAGAACCGCCGAUAGGUGGGUCCACGAUUUUUUUGAUUGAUGAUGAACCAAGAAAUGGGGAGUUGGUGGGACACAUCCCCAUGAUGCCAGGAGAUAUUGGUAAACUGAAAGUGGGUGAGGAAGAAACUGUUUAUGGCGGGAGAUGUGGGUCUACUAUGGUUAAAUCUGAUAAUUUGGUGGAGAACUUACUAACUAAGGCAAUUCAGAGAAAGGAUGGGCCUAAAAAAUCAGUUGGGCUAGAAUUAAUGGUACGAGGUUUUCUAGGGCAGCCUCAGCUUGAAAGUGCUCUGGCAGGAAUGGACCUUGUAAUCAUACCGGCUGGUGUUCCAAGGAAGCCAGGAAUGACAAGGGAUGACCUUUUCAACAUCAAUGCUGGAAUUGUCAAGACACUGUGUGAAGGAAUCGCAAAAUGCUGCCCUAAUGCGAUUGUGAACCUUAUUAGCAAUCCGGUGAACUCUACAGUCCCAAUUGCAGCUGAAGUUUUCAAGAAAGCUGGCACUUAUGAUCCAAAGAGGCUUUUGGGAGUCACAAUGCUUGACGUUGUUAGAGCUAAUACUUUUGUGGCAGAAGUUCUGGGGCUUGAUCCUAGGGAAGUUGAUGUUCCGGUUGUUGGAGGUCAUUCAGGAGUGACAAUUUUGCCUCUGCUCUCACAGACUGUACCAGUUAAUCCUAAACCUUUCUUGAACAAUUUGACUGGAAAGCCUGUCAUGGUAAAACUCAAGUGGGGCAUGGAGUACAAAGGUUACCUUGUCUCUGUGGAUUCUUACAUGAACUUGCAGCUGGCUAAUGCUGAAGAAUAUAUUGAUGGACAGUUCACUGGAAGUCUUGGAGAGAUCUUGAUCAGAUGUAACAAUGUUCUCUAUCUUCGUGGGGUACCAGAGGAUGAAGAAAUAGAAGAAGCUGACCAAGACUAGGAUGUGGAUUUCGGCACAGCCUAGUCAUUGCCCUCCAAUCAAAAUUCUGGUUUCUGUUUUAUUUUUUUGCUAUUGAUCCUCAGAGUUAUGUCGUAUUUGUAUCAUUUCAAAAAGUAUUGUGAGUUGAUUGAUGCACUUGCUGCCUCUGACAUGUAAAAGGGCCUUACCCACUAUUAUUUCACUUGAUUGAAUGCCCUGCCAAGUAUUAUGGUGGAGUGGUUGUAGUUUGGUGUUUAUAGUUAGGUCAGGAUGGUUGGAUGCUUUAUAAUGAUGAAAACAUUUCAUGAUGUCAUACAACGUCUUUGGAUUCAACUGGCCUGAAAGUGGAUGUUAUUAAUGGUAUCCUUUAAGGGUAUAAGAAGAGCCAUUCCAAUUCUUCUUGUUAUAUGUGGACAUUACUGGUUACAAAUGGAGAUGCAGC